AUUUUCUUUGAUAUAUUUGUACCCGAUAAUGAAUCUGUAGAUGACUUUAAAAUAAAAAUAGAUGAAAUUCUUUGUAAUACAAUAAAUAUCUAUAAAAUAGAACAUAUUAAGGCCUUCCCGUUUCGUGGUUAUAAUAUAGAAAAAAGGUCCUAUCUACGAAUUUUUACACUUGGUAGUGGAGAUAGGAAGAAAGCUCUCCAAGCUAUCCAAGAUAAUAAUUUCGAAACUGCAUCAGAUGAUAUGUUCUCAUUUCACCGUAAAAUAGCUAGAGAAAAUGGAAUUGCGAUUUCUGGUUGGUCUAUGAUAAGCAAGUAUAGAUACAAAAAACAUUCUCAUUAUACACACGAUUUUCGAGUUUCUGUAAAUGAUUUUCGGCCAGUAGAAGAUCUAAAAAAGAUAAGUGAUCGUUUUCCAAUUUCAGCACUCAUGAGAGAUCGUACGCUUAUCCUUACAUGGGACAUAGAGACACAAUCACGAGAGUUGGGCGAAUUUGCUGAAAUACAUGAUGAAGAAAGUAUCGUAUUUAUGAUUUGUAUGACUUUGCAUUGGAAAGAUGAUCCAAGACCGCUAAAACAAAUCUGUCUUGUCGAUCUUGAAACUGCACCAGACCCACGAAGGAUAACAGUUAUAUGUGGGAACCAGACAAAUUUACUAAAAGCGUUUGCUUUAUGUUGGAAGGCCUUCAUCCCUGAUAUUCAAUUUGGAUUUAGCGAUUCUGAAUACGAUUGGCCAUUUAUUAUGGAAAGAGCUUGCAGACUUAAUCUUCUCGAAUGGAUGUGGAAGCAAAUGACGGGAAGCUUUAAAUCAUCUAAAGAAAUUCAAAAAUGGAAUUAUUAUGGGAAAAUAGGAGUAAAAUCUAAAAAUAGUUUCCAAAUUAAAAAAGGCGACACUGAUAAUAAUGAGGAAGAAAUCGAUAGGGUACAAUCGAUUAUAAUCAAAAUUAGCCCAGAAGAUAAUUAUAUUUCCACUUUUCUUAAAAUACCGGGUUGUGUACCAAUUGACGUACGUGCAUGUUUUAUGAAACUCUACCCUCGUGCAGAAGUUGAUAAAAAAAGUUCACUUGCAUUUUAUUUAAAACUAUGUGGACUUGGUAGUAAAGCGGAUAUGCCAUAUAAUAAGAUGUGGAAAAUCUAUUCAGAAGCGAAAAAGAGUGUUUCCCUAAAUAAAUCACAUCCUUCUACUAUACAAAACAUGUCUGAAGUAGCCCAUUAUUGCAUUAUAGAUGCAUUACGUUGCCAAGAACUUAUAGUUAAACGAAAUGUAAUUAAUGAUUAUAGGGAGAUUGCUUCUAUAGCAUAUGUAUCUUUAUUUGAUUCACAUUACCGGGCUAAUGGAAUGAAGGUAAGAAAUCUUCUGGGUGCUUAUGCUUUCAAGCGUGAUAUGGUAUUUAGUACAAGAGUAUGUAAAAAUAUAGAAAAAGGGAAAUUUCCUGGCGCAUACGUUUUUCCACCUAAAAAAGGUAUAGAAGCAGAAAGGCCAGUGACGGGUCUGGAUUUUGCAUCUUUAUAUCCCAGCCUUAUUAUGACUUAUAACCUUUCUCCGGAAAAAAUCAUAUUAACGCCAGAUGAGGCUAAUUUUGUGCAAAAUAAUGGAAAUAACUUGCAUAAGAUUGAGUUUCCAUUUAAUAACCACAUCGUCCAAGCUUGGAGUGUAAGACAUGAUAAUCAAUUGGAAAAGAAGGGCCUGUACCCAAUCGUAUUAGAGGAUUUAUUUAACAAGAGAGUAGAGCUUAAAGCACAACUCGACCCAUUGGGGAAGAAAAAGAAACUGCUUGGGAAAAUGAUAAGUUCACUUAAAAAGAAAGAUAAAAAAAAUUCGGAAAGCUUAAAUUUAGAAUACUCGUCUAUAUGCUUCGAUUACGAUUAUUUAGAUUCGAAACAAAAAGCUUUGAAGGUAUAUAUGAAUACUUUUUACGGGGAAGCAGGAAACUCAAAAUCUCCAAUCUUUCUUCGUGAAUUAGCCGGAGGAACUACUUCAGCAGGAAAAUACAACCUUAAUCUUGUCGCUGAAUUCGUAACAAAGAAAGGGUUUGGAAUAAAAUACGGGGAUACUGAUUCUUUGUAUCUCUCCUGCCCAGUUAAGUAUUAUAAAAAAUGCGAUAAAGCCUUCUUCGAGAAAGAACUUUCUAAAGAAGCAUAUUGGACUGAAAUGGUCAAAAUUACUAUGGAUGUGAUGAAAAAGUUACGCGAUCAAGUCAAUGAAUAUCUCAAAAUAAAAAAUAACACAUCUUAUCUAAAAAUGGCAUAUGAGGAAGUAUUAUUUCCCGUUUGCUUUACUGGUAAGAAAAAAUACUUUGGUGUGCAACAUGAAAAGGAUAUCGAUUUUAGGCCAGAUAAUCUCUUUAUGCGAGGGAUUGAUAUUGUAAAGCAAGGGAAUUCUGAACUCUUCAGAUUUAUUGGAAGAAAGAUUAUGCAGGAGGCUAUGAAUAUUGACAAUACACGUACGAUUCAUGAAAUUGUCGAAGACACUCUCAGAGAAGCACGAAAUAAGGAAUGGGAUUUCAAUGAAUUUAUUGUAAUGGGAACAUGGAAGCCAAAAAAAGAAAAUCUUUGCAACAUUCGCUUUAUGGGACGUAUGAGAGAGAGAAGUGAGAGGAUUCCUGAUCCUGGCGAACGGUUUAGUUAUGUAGUUGUGAAGGGCCCCCGCCUUCGCGAUGAGAAAGGCCGGUUAAUAGCGCAUAGAAUUGGCGAUUAUAUGGAGUAUACGGAUAUAGCAAAAGAGCAAAAAAUGGAAAUAGAUAUCAAUUAUUAUUUAGGUAGUACGCUUGCAAUGUGUGCACGUUUUAUCAAUGAAGAUGACAGGUAUCAACCGCCUCCUUCACAUAAGAUUAUGCAACUCAAAGAUUUGGAUGAGAAAGAAAAGCAGAUUGAUGCAUAUUCCCAGAAGGAAGCCAAAAAAUGGCUGGAAAAAUAUAUUAAAAGUCUAUAA